AACAGACUUAUUGGGUUAAAGCGGGCUUUCAAUCUGAGUUCGGGCUCUUUUCAAACUUAAAAACGAUUUUAAUGCUUGCCCAAAUCCGUCCCAUUUAUAGGACUUUAGGCUGGAUCGACCGGGCCAUGUUGAUCACCUAUUUACUAAACACAAGUGCACAACUUGUCUCCCCCCCCCCCAAAAAAAAAAAAAAACCGCUAGCAUUUCACACGGGCUCGUCCGGCCCGUGCACAACUCUUCUGCGACUCGCAACAAGAAGAAAAAACCCCGCCUUUCUUCUCCAACUUGAGUAUUCAGUAUUCCUCUUCUCUGCAAAACCCUAAAAUUAAAAUCAAGUUAAACCCUUUUACUUGAAACAAGUUUCCCAGAAGAAGAACAAUAAAAUGGCUUACCAUGGAGGCACACUCAAAUCAACCUCCAUUAAUGGCGUCAAAGUCUAUUCUUUAACAGGCCAUCAACGUUCUCUUGCAACCUGGCUCAACCCCAAGAAACAGCGUGCUCUUCGCAAAGACACAGAGUAUUCGCAAAGAGUAGAGUUGAUUCAGGACUUGAAUUUUGAAACCGCAACCACCAAAAUCAAGGCCACCCCUGAUGGAGAAUUUCUACUUGCUUCAGGUAUUUACCCUCCACAAGUUAAGGUGUAUGAGUUAAGGGAACUUUCCUUGAAGUUUGAAAGACAUUUGGUUUCUGAAAUUGUUGAUUUCGAGGUGCUGUCUGAUGAUUACUCUAAGAUUGCAUUUAUGUGUGCUGAUCGCUCUAUCUGUCUACAUGCUAAAUAUGGAAGUCAUUAUAAAGUGAGGAUUCCUAGGAUGGGAAGGGAUAUGGUAUACGAUUCAUGGUCUUGCGAUUUGCUCUGUGCUGCCUCUUCACCAGAUCUUUACAGAAUAAAUUUAUCGCAGGGUCGGUUUCUUGCCCCUCUUACUACUCAAUCUCCUGGAUUAAAUGUAGUAUCUAGAAGCAAUCUUCAUGGAUUAGUUGCUUGUGGCGGUGAGGAUGGGGCUGUUGAAUGCUUUGAUAUGAGGGCAAGAUCAUCUGUUGGUAGAAUUAAUGCUGUCGCUGCUGCUGAGGACGAUGGCCAGGUAACUGCUAUUGAGUUUGAUGAUGAAGGAGGCUUUCAAAUGGCUGUAGGAAGCAGUGAGGGAAAGGUACUGAUCUACGAUUUACGAUCUUCCCAUCCUAUUCGAGUUAAGGAUCACAUGUAUGGAAGCCCAAUUUUGGAUAUCAAGUGGCAUCGGACUUUAAAUUCAGAACAUCCUAAGUUAAUUAGCACAGAUAAUCAUAUCGUCAGAAUUUGGGAUCCUGAGACGGGUGAAGGGAUGACCAGUAUCGAACCAACAGGUGGUGCAAUUAAUGAUAUAUGUGUGAUUCGUGAAACUGGGCUAAUGUUAUUGGCUCUAGAUUCAACCCAUAUACCCUCUUACUACAUUCCUGCUCUUGGGCCUGCCCCCAAGUGGUGCUCUUAUUUGGAAAACUUGACUGAAGAGCUGGAAGAGAAUGCUCAGACAAGUAUAUACGAUGAUUACAAGUUCUUAACUAAAGAAGAACUUGAGAGACUUAACCUGACCAAUUUAAUCGGAACCAACCUUCUCAGAGCUUAUAUGCAUGGGUACUUCAUUGAUUAUCGGUUAUAUAAGAAGGCAAAGUCUAUAACGGAUCCAUUUGCAUAUGAUGCUUACAUCGAGAAGCGUAAGAAGGAGAAGCUGGAGGCCAUGCAUCGUGGACGUAUAACGAUUAAGAGGAAGCUGCCAAAGGUUAAUAAGCGUCUCGUACAUACUCUUCUCCAGGAUGAAGAAGCAGCUGAAAAUGAUGCUGAUAAAAAGAAAUCCUCUAAGAAAAAGAAGGGAUUGAACAUUGACAUACUGAACGAUGAUAGAUUUGCGGAGAUGUUUGAGAAUCCGGAAUUUGAGAUUGACGAGAAUUCCCAGGAAUAUAUGGCAUUACAUCCUAUAGCUCCCCAGAAGCAGACGGCUUUGCUGGAUGAGCACUUUGAGCCUAUCAUGGAGGAUGAGAUGAGUGAAGGUGAUGCUUCCUCUGAUGAUGAAAGCAGGCUGGAUAAGAAAUCGCGGACUCCUAGAUUUUAUGAAGUGAAGGAUGAAAGGCAUGCACAAGCGUUCUUGGAAAGUGUCUCACUUGCUAAUGAAGACGCUCUUCCUUUAGGAGAGAGAGUGGCUGCUUUGCAUGAUGACAAUAGAGCAUCUCGUUUGCAUGGUGAUGUUAAAGUAGGACGAGGAGGGUCACGAGAGAUUUCCUUUGUUUCUAGAAGUAAAGCAAAGUACCAGGAAGAUGAAGAUAAUAAAGAUCCACGACGUAAUAAGAGGGGUGUUCAGUCGUUAGGUCUUAAGCCUACAAAUUAUGAGAGGAGGAGCCGAGGUGGUAGAGGAGGCCGAGGAGGAGGUAGAGGAGGGGGUAGAGGAAGAGGCCGAGGAAGAGGUCGACAAUGAGGUUAAUGAGUUUUAACUGGUAAAGGUGGAAAAUUUUGUUUCUUUCUUCUGCCUUGCAAUUUCUGACAAUAUUUUUUAUUUCAUUGUCUUUAAUAUUAUAGUGUUUUCUUCAAAUGAAAAAAAAAAUGCGAGUAGAUAGAAUCUAUAACCAGAUUUUAUUUUUUAUAAUCUAAUUUGUUUUAUGUUUUUUAA